GGGCAUAUAAAUAAAUGGAGAGUUUGAUGGGUCAGAGCUUCCCCUGAGUUUCAGCACUGACAACCCAUCCGCUUGACUUGAACCCAACUUAUAGGAGCAUUAUGAAAACUGCAGGUGUCUUUGUGCUGCUGAGCCUGGCUGUAUUCUGCUUCUUCUCAGAUGUUACCAGUCAACGUGAGGGAGAGGCUAUUGACUGCAGUGAGUUUGAUAACAAUGAACCAUACUGCACCAGGGAAUCUAACCCUCACUGCGGCACAGAUGGCCAGACCUACGGAAACAAGUGUGCUUUUUGCAAGGCAGUUGAGAAAAGUAAUGGGAGUCUCGGUCUCCUGCACAUGGGAAGAUGCUCUUGAAGGUUUCACUGUUGCAGCUGAACACUAAGAUGUCAUAUUCUACACUGUACUGGUGAACGCUUAGAGAAGCUCUAUGUAGGGGUGUGAGCUGUCAUUGCUGCUGUCCUCCCCUCCCCGCUUUGGGCUCCUGGUGAUGCUACUGUCUCCAGCACACAUCUUCAAUAAAGCAAAACUCAGCAGAA